AUGAAGAACGUCCAGCUCGGCCUACUUGCCCUACUUGCCCAGGCUUCCGUCCUCGAGGCCAAGGGCUAUAAGAAAAACAUCCCCACAUAUGAAGUUGGCCCGGGUGCCGUCAUUGAUGGAAAAAGCAUUACCUAUAACGACCCUGACUGUGAUGAGGGCCUGGAUUGCAAAGUUACCAGGACUUGCAACACUGCCGGCACGGCUCCCGUCCUGAGUGCCGACAAGAAGUACUUUGCCUGCUGUGCAGCAGGUCAGCGGCUCCUUGGCAGUCCCCAGACAGCAUUCGACUGCUGCGCUGAUGGACAUGACUUGGUGGGUAGUCCUGAGACUGGAUAUCACUGCUGCCCUACUGGGUACGAGUUUGAUGGCCAGCAGUGCAAGGAAGUCUGCAAGAACGGCAAGAAGCUCGUCGAUGGGAAGUGUGUCUGCCCUGACGGGACAGUCGAGGGACCUGAUGGAAAUUGCAAGGAGAAGCCCAAGCCUGGCAAAUGCGACUCUGGCCUAGAGACUGGUAAAUGCUACAUGCUCAAGGCCGAAAACGGCAACAGACUCGGUCUGCGCAACGAUAAUGUCUACUACUCUGCCCCAGACAGCAUGAUUCAGCGAUAUGGCAAGUUCCAGCUCUGUGCUGAUGAGAAAUGCGCCCCCGGCCAAGCAGUCGACCCGUCGAGCCAAGUAUACAUCCGUGAUACGUACGGAGAUUUGGCCACGGGUGCCAACAAAGGACAAUGGCUUAACAACGCCGCCAAUGGUAACCACAUUGGUCGAACACCAACCUUUGCCAACGCUGGCAAGUUUUCCAUCAGCAAGUGGCCCUGCGGCAAGUACUGUCUGGGUGGUUUCACUCAGGGCAUUGGACCGGCUUGUCCUGCUGAAAUCCCCGCCAUGACCUUUUACUCGCAGGAUCCUCAGAUGUGUGUUGCCUUUGAGUUUACAGAGGUGCCCUGCGAUCUUAAGGCGGAUGCGAAUAACUGCAUCUGGAAGAAUGGGGACCAGUGCUGCAACAGGGUUGAUUGCACGAAGAAAGGUGAAUAA